AUGGCACAUUCAGACGCCGUCCCUUCGUCCCCCCCUGGACCUAGCUCCUCUCUUGAGGAGUCACUGAAGUACUACAAAGCACAAUACGAACUGCUGGAGGCCGAACUCGCAGACUUUCAAGCUUCCAGUAAAGACCUAGAAGCGGAACUUGAACGCGAUAUUGACGCAUCAGAAAAACGUGAGCGCCAACUGAAAGAGAGAGCGGCCAAUCUCCAGUAUGAGGUCGAGGAAUGGAAGACCAAAUACAGACAAUCCAAGACCGAAGCAUCCAAUGUCCAAAAUACGCUGCAGAAGGAGAUUACGGAACUCCGGGAGACCAACCGCGAGUUGAACCUGCGCCUUCGCGAUAUCGAAGUCGCCAAUGACGACUACGAGCGCAAACAACGGAACACCGAGUCUUCCCUGGAAGAUAUGGAACAGAAAUACAACCAGACAAUCGAGCGGAGCGUCAUGAUGGAGGAAGAAAUUCGUUCGGGGGAGCAGGAAAGGGAAGCCCUGCGAAUUGAAGCGCAACGACUGCGCGACGAACUCUCUGACCUCAAGAUUGAGACCGACAUCACGAAAGAGAAGCUGCAAAAGGCCGUCGACCAACUGGCCCGGCGAGAAAAACACCUGUCGUUGCGACCCAUUGCCACGUCGGCCUCGCCGCGGUCAGAUCUAUCUCCCACUACCACGAAUGCUUCGUCGCCUACCUUUGACACUCCCCCUACAAAGGCCGGCUCCUCGUCCGGCCUAUCCGACACACCCACCCCUCCAUCCCCUCCAAUCUCAGAGAAGUCGUCCCAGGUCUCCAAAGCGUUUGUCACGCCGGGGAUUCCCAAGACGCGACCUUCUCUGACGGCCAAUGGCCCGACAUCCCGCCCAUCCACUUCAGGAUCUACCGGUGCGAGACCUGUCGGUCAUGCUCGUGGCCCUUCAAUCGCCGCGAUAGCACGUACCGCACCUUCAUCAUCAUUCCGUCAGAGCUUGUCAAGACCUGGAAAUGCUCCGCAGCGGCCGUCAGGACUGCCCCAGUCGGCGUCGAUCAUCCAUCUCAGAAAUCUCCGCGGCAAGAUUGCGACAUUGGAAGAGAGGGUACAAACUGCUCGCUCGAAACUUCCAGCUCCUGUCCGCACUCCACCCAGAUCUUCUCCACGAAGUGGUUCGGCACUUGGCAAUCACAUCCCUGCAUCGGUCACUGUCCGCAGUCGAAAGAGGACAGGCGGCAGCACCAUCAGUGGGAACGACUCUCUGAUGGAGAAGGUCCCAGAGACGCCAUCCGUACCCCGAACAAAAGCCAGUCGAUCAUCAUUGAAUCAGCAACCUCCGUCUCCCACGAGGACGGAUUUUUCGAUACCCAAACACAAGACGAGUCGACCGUCACUGAACCAACCUCCUCCUCCGUCCCCAACCAGGGGCGACAUGGCCGCCCCGCCUCUGCGUCCGGCUUCACGAACUAGCGGACUUACAUCGGCACGCUCGUCUUUCGCACCGUCACACAGCCGUCCCGGAAGCCGGGCCAGUGUCUCUGGCUUCCCGCGAGCGCCUCUCGGUAGCGGCAUGGGGGCAAACUUCGCCCCGAACGCAUCGACGGACCGGGUUCGGCCUAAAAGCAGCCUGAGUAAUUAUGGCAGCGGGUAUGAUGGCACCAUGGACGAAGAGAGCGAGAACAGCCUCCACCACUUUGACAAUGAUACCGGCGUCACGCCCGUCGCUAGAAGAGCGACGUUUGCUCGGGGACGCACCAGUGAUGUGGGUUCUGGAAUUCCAAGUCCGACCAAACGGGCCAGCAUCGGUGGGACUUCGAAACUGCCCAAACGACAAAGCAUGGGUCUGAAUGGGGGUCUAGCGGGGGGAGGCCUGAACAACGUACAGGAAGGGUACGACGUCAACGAGACUUUUUGA